UUAGUCAUUAAGGGAUUACUUGGACGUGGUUUGCAGAACAAUGGGCCAGCAAUUUAGUCUUAAGUGGACUUGAGAAUGGGGAGCUAAAGAAAUAAAACUAAAUCUGGAAUGGGCUCCUCCCCCUGUAUGGCAAGAAGGGACUUUGGGAUUAUUGUUCGUGCAGACAAGAAAGCAAAACUCGCAGGAGUAGUAUUUCAUUUGAAAGUUUGGCAUACAGCUGCAGAAGUUGGAGUUAGAUUUAGGAACUAGUGAAAGCGAAUGCUUUAUCUGGGACGGCUUCAAUCUAAUUCAGAACGUUGGUUACUUCAACUGAGUUUCCACUGGUUGUAUUUGCAUAUGCUGAAUGGCAUUUUUAAGCCAUUAACCUGCUUUUGGCUCUGAAAAUAUGUACCUAGUGGAACUGAAUUGAUAGUUUUUAGUAUUUCAGACAAACUUCGCGUCGCCUCGAUCCUUUGCAGUUGUCUCCUGCUACUUGAUUGUGUAGCUGAACUAACCGCGAUGUGGGCUAUGCUCUGUGUUUUUGUGGUAGUCAUAACGGCGUGUUGGCGUGUACAAGGUGGCGAGUACUGUCAUGGCUGGCUGGACCACCAAGGUACAUGGCACACGGGUUUCCAGUGUCCAGCAGAGAGGUAUGAUAGUGAGGAAGCGAUCUUGUGCUGUGGGAGCUGCGCUCUUAGGUACUGCUGUUCUGCACCUGAAGCCCGGCUUGCCCAGGGCCAGUGUACAAAUGACCAGGACGGCGUGGAGCCCGACCAUCCAGGGCAAGAUGGUCAGCGACCACAAGCAGCUCCCGUCUAUCUUCCAUUUCUCCUUGUUGGUAGUGUCUUUGUUUCUUUCAUCAUCAUUGGUGCUUUCAUUGGUGUUUGCUGCUGUAGGUGUCUGAAGCCCAAAGAGGAGACGCAAACCAAUCGACCUCCACCAGUCCAGAAUCGACUGCUGGAUUCUGACCCCAUGGGAGAGAAUGGAACUCCAUCUCGCAACUCCAGUGCCAGCUCAGAGUCUACCACAAGAACCUCAAUGGGUGUACGUCCACAACCUACCACUGCUUGCCAAGUUGGAGCCGAAGGCCUUCCACUUUACAUGGGAAUAGCAACAGCUCCUGCCUACCCUAUCCUGGGAUGCCCUCAAAAUGCUCAGUUUUUUCACCCGGUGCAAGCACCAACAGCUGCUUAUUUACAGCCUCCAUAUGUGGGAUAUCGGAUACCACCUGAGCACACCAUGGUGAUGGCUCCCACUUUCCUUGAUGGAAAAAGUGGAUAUGGACACCCACCUAACAACUACAUGCAAGGGGUGGGGAGCAGUGAGCAGACAAGUUACACAGGAGCUACCUUUUAACUGUUGGACGCAAUUAUUUUAACUGUUGGACGCAAUUAUGUUUGCCUAAUGAAGUUGUGACUGCUUCAGACGAAGAUGAUAGGAUUGGCAAGCACGUCACUGAAUGUGUUGGACACCUGAAUGUGUGAGCUGCCUGCUUUGGAUUCUACCAUGCUGCAAGUCUUCUGGUGCGCCAUUGUAUUUAUAAAGGACACAUGACAGACCACCUAUAUUUUGUUUUGAAUUUAUUUAUUUUAUUAUGUAUCACUUACAAGCUGGAUCUUUCAAACAGCAUUUUUUUUCUUUCUUUCUGAACAAAACAUGUGGAAGGUUGCCAUAGAGUAGGGUAAUACCAUAAUGUGUGGCUGAGAGGAAUCUGAGAGAGGGGGGAAUACUUGAAAUUGGUUAGCUGGGCAGUCAGAAUAAUUUAUUAAAUAGUGUUUAAAUCAGUCACUUCUGCAUUUCCAAAAAGCCCUUUAUAAUUUUUGAUUCGUGACUGCUGCAGUUCCUUAGUAACAAGUUUCAAAAAUGUUUAGUACACUUGCUACAAUUUAUUUUCUACAAAUUAAAACAUGACUUUUAUAAUGCUUCUGAAAGCUGGUUUAUGUCCGUAAACUUUAAAGCAGCACUGCUUUGCUUCCAAGAAUGUGCAAUGUCAUCAACCUUUCAUCUGUAUUAUGAAACAGAUUGUCUGCAUUUGACAGGCUCACUAAUUUUAACGAGGGGAAGUUUUUACAUCUUGACAGUUCUUCUGUUUAAGAACAGAGGCAGCAAGUAAAAGGGUGCAGAAAGAUCACACCAGUCUCUCUCAAAAAAACAUGGUGCUAAAACAGACCUUCCACCUUGCAUCUUUCAAGACUACAUAAACUUGGAGGAAAGGCAGAAGUCCAGAAUGUGUAGUCUGUUUUUGUUUCAUGUUUUUUUUUUUCAGUAUUAUCCAUUCAUAAACUGUUUCUACAGCUCUUAGUUGUAAGUGCUUAAAUAAAAUCUGGGCUGAGUCAAUUUGAGAGAAUGGUGUGCUCUUUUAAUCUAAUCUUUUAUUGGUCACCAUUUGUAUUUAUUAAAUCAACAAUAUGCAUUGUUUUUUAAGAAGCCGCUCAAGGAAAACAAGAGCAAGUCUUAAGUUUUAAAUAACUGCUGUUGUAUCUGUAUGAUGUAUUGAUUGCUAAAACUUUCUGAACUCCUGUUAUCUGUCACAUUGCAUAUGACAAAGUAAUCCACAAGCACCUUCUCUGUGACUUGCUCAUUCUGCUAGAGCACUCAGUAUAUCUUGUGAAAUUCUGUACACAUACAAAUUGGUGGCGUGAAAAGAUUUGACUGUUUUUGUUCUGCCUGCUACUGAACCUUUAUCAGAACUGCAUGAAGCCUACAUUUCUACUGUGGGUCAAUUGCAGUAUUUUAUUGCUUCUGUUAGUGGAGCGUUUUCAAGUAGAUUAUAAAACAGUUCAUUCUGAAAUAGACAUUGUUUUAUAAUGUAUAUUUCUUUAUUCAUAAAUCUUUUAUGUAGUUUAUAAAUAAAAACUGCCCAAGAAAAAUGUC